GCGCUAACAGACCUUUGUAAUACACACUUACAGCAUCCAUAUUCAUAGCUAAUUUCGUAUAUUCAUCCAAAACCUGUUUUUGCAGAACUUGUUUCUCCUUUAAAGAGGUCGAAUCUUCAGACAUUUUCUUGGAGGUUCAGAACUUGCUCAUAACAACAUUUAUUAAAGUCAACUGGAGUUUAUUGUACGAUGGAGGGCCAUAGGCCUGAAAAACGAAGGAGAAAUAAUCCAAAUUAUUUCACAUAUGCAUACGGGAGCAUCGUGCGGGUGAAGUUGAUCAAUUUUGUCACAUAUGAGUACUGUGAGUUUUAUCCAGGUCCAUACUUAAAUAUGAUUAUUGGCCCUAAUGGCACUGGCAAGAGUACUGUUGUAUCGGCCAUUUGUUUGGGCCUUGGCUGGUCUCCAAAGUUACUUGGAAGGGCUAAAGAAGCUAGAGAGUACAUCAAGUAUGGAAAAAACUGCGCUACAAUCGAAUUGGAACUGAAACUUAAGGAUGACAAAACAGUAAUUAUAACCCGUCAAAUCAAUCAAGACAAAUCAAGUUCAUUCUCUAUAAAUAAGGAAGCUUGUUCAUCUUCAGCAAUCUCUCAUUUGAUGGAAAAGUUCAACAUUCAAUUGAAUAAUCUUUGCCAUUUUCUGCCGCAAGAUAGAGUCGCAGAAUUUGCACAACUAGAUCCGUUCACUAGACUUAUUGAAACAGAAAGAGCUAUUGACCACGAAGGCUUAUUGCUUGAACACGAAAAACUGAUUGAAUUACGAAAAGAGGAAAAAGAUACUUUGCAAUACAAAGAUCAGGGUCAGAACACUUUAAGCUCGAUCAAGGAACGGCAACAGGCUCUUGAAAAAGAAGUUGAAAUUUUUAAAGAACGUGAAAAUAUUCAGUCAUAUCUCAGUACACUAGCUAUAGCGAAAGACCUUAUAAUAUACCGAGAGAAGACAACAAUAUAUAACCAGCUAAGGGAGAAUAAGGUGGACAUUAAAGAAAAAUUAAAGCAUGCUAUUGAAGAGUUCCGUCCGAUUUUGAGCAUGAAAGAGCAACUUCAAUCGGACUUGCAAGAUAAAAAAGAGGCUUUUGAUCAGUUAUCUUCUUCUUUGGCUGGAUUAAAGCAGAAAGUGGGAAGAGAAAAAUCAUCUGUGUCGAACUUCAUGGAAAAUGAAAAGCGAAUCUACGAAAAAACAAAUUCGAAUCGUGUGCUUCUAAAAAGCAACCAGUCAGCAGUCCAAGAAGCACAGCAGGCACUUGAUGGAUUGUUGGGAAUGAUGGGUCCGAAACCUUCAGAACAAAAUUUUGAGCUUGUCCAUCAGAAGAUGCAGGAACUUAAUACAGAGAAACUUCGUUACGAAAACGAGAAAUUAGAGAGUUCGCAUGCGCUUGGUAAUAUACGUACCUUUAAAGCACAAAAACUACUUGACAUCGAUAAUCUUCGUCGCGAGCUUAAUGCAUAUAAUGAUCUUACUCGAAGGAAAUUGAAGUAUAUAGCAACGACGCCUGGUUGGGAAGAUGCUUAUCAUACAUAUCAACUAUUAAAAGAGAAUGAAUCAAAUCUUGAGGAAGCAGCAUAUGGGCCUAUAUAUAUGCAUCUAGAAUGCAAAAAAAAGAACGUUGCUCCUUUAAUUGAAGGAUUUUUCCGGGCUGAUACAUUUCGAACUUUCGUUAUGUCAAAUUAUUCUGACUAUUUGAAGUUGAUGGAUCUGAUUACUUCUAAGACGAGGUACACUCCUACUGUACGAGAAUUUUCAAGUGAACGAUGUAAGAAACUUGAUGAUUUUCAGUGCAUAUGUUCCCGAGAAAAGCUUAAAUCAUUUGGAUUUGAUGGAUAUUUAUUAGAUUAUUUGGAGGGACCGGAAGUUGUCUUGGUAGCCUUAUGCCAUAUGCUGAAAAUCCAUCAAAUUCCUGUUGCAGAAAAGGAAUUAUCUCCAAGUUCUGUAAAUGCAUUAAAUAACUAUCGUUUGCCCAAUGGUGACCCAGUAUUUAAAACAUACCUUGCUGGCUCUUCUGUACACCUGGUGUUUCGUUCCGCUUAUGGUAAUAGAGAAUUAACCCAAAGGACGGAUCCGCUUCCUUCGAAUAGCGUCUACUUUUCUGAAAGUGUUGAGCCAUCAUUAGUAAAGGAAAAGGAAGAGCAGCUAAGUUUACAGACGUCUAAACUUGAAGAGUUGCAAAGCAAUGAAAGAAACCUACAGGGUAAAGUUAGCGAAUGCGACGCGCUGAUCUCUGAAGCAAAUGAAAAGAUUGGAGAUUUACGCAAAGAAAGAGAUGAGAAAUUAACUCCCCUACGAGAAUGGCAAGACCUGAAUGAUAGAGCCAAUCAUCAACGAUUGCUUUUAGAGCAGCGGAAAAAAAUUCCAAGUCAAUUAGAAAAAGAAUUGGAAAAUAAUAAGGCAUCGCGUAAAGAAAACUGUAUGGCUCUUUUGAAUUCUAUCAAAAAAAUGAAAGACCAGAACACGAAAGCAACUAUUGAGUUUGAAAAAAGCCUCGGGUCACAAUUGAAUGUGAUUGAAGCCAACUAUCGAUUACAAAAACACGAGUUAGAUGCGGAACAAGUAAAUAACCAUCUUCGUGAACUACAUGACAAACUGCAAGAAGCUUCAGGAAAAAUAAGUACAGCACGAAAAGACGCAAUGGAAAUAUACAAUUCCGUUGUUGAACGCUUGCAACAUGAAGAUCCUGAACGACAGGCGGCCAUUACAGAAGUAAGCGAGGAAUUUGCGACAGUUUCUGAGGUCGAAAACAAAAUCAGCGUUGAAGAAACGAAGUUGGGCUUCAUGAAUGUUAAUAACUUUGUUAUGGAACAAUAUGAUCGUCGAAAGAAUGAAAUAGAGGAACUAGAAAUGAAAAUGAGUAGACUCGACGAGUCCGUUCUUGUGAUACAAGAAAAAAUAGAAGAUAUCAAAAAAGCUUGGUUAAUCAAGCUAGAAAAAGUUAUCGAGUGCAUAACUGAGAGAUUCUCACAGAGCAUGUCCAGCAUGGGUUAUGCAGGAGAAGUACGUUUGGGAAAAGCUGAAGACUAUGACAAAUGGCGCAUCGAUAUUAUGGUUCAGUUUAGAGAAGCAGAAGGAUUACAAAAGCUUACUGGACAGCGCCAGUCAGGAGGCGAACGAUCUGUUUCAACCAUAAUGUAUCUAUUAGCUCUUCAGGGUGUCGCGAGUGCACCAUUUCGUAUCGUGGAUGAAAUUAAUCAGGGUAUGGAUCCUCGAAAUGAGCGCGUCGUUCAUUCUCACAUUGUUAACUCAACAUGCGAAACCCCUUCUUCCCAAUACUUUUUGGUUACUCCUAAACUUCUUCCAGACUUGACUUAUCAUCGAAACCUGAAAGUGCUAUGCGUAUGCAAUGGAAGCUGGCUUCCAGAUACGUUUCGAAUGUCUCUUUCUUCAUAUCUGGAAGGUUUGAAGAACAAACUACUUCUGCCUGCUUCUUGAAAUCAUUAAUUAAAACCAGCGUUUUUCUACUCACAGUCACUGUACAUUAUUUGGAGUUUUUAUUUUGAAGUUUAUUUCGUUCCUUUCAUAUUCAAUUGUUUUGAUUUUGGUCUAUAUUUAUUAAUUCAGAGUUACUUUUCUAUAGAUGAAAUCUUACGUGGUUUAUUCAGUUG